AUGACAUCACAGUAAUCUAAAUAGGCAAAGUAAACUGAGCAUCUUUAAAAAUUCAAGAGAGAUCUUAAGAAUAUGAAAGCUGAUCACAAAGAUAAAUCAGAGAUCAUAGAUUUCAUCAAAGACAGCCUUGAUAAGCAAUGCGAAUCAUCAGCAGAUCUGGCGAAGAGUAAAAUGGAUGUAGAGGCAGUAGAAGGCUAUUAUCAUUGUCUUGCAAUGAUUAGGACCAUCUUGGAGUGUCAGGUGUUCAACUUUGAACAAGACCACGAUGACAUUCAGUUUAUUUUGCACAUGUACGAUGUACCUUGCACUAUCGAAAUGAGCAGGAUACUUUUGAGAUCAAAAGAGUAUGACUAGGUAAAUUAGCUGCUUAGAAGGGCUUAGUAAGUUGAUCCAAAGAAUUAGGAAGCACUUAAGCUAAGAGAUCAAUUAGAGAUAGCUUAGAAUAAGUAAGAUGAUUGGAAGAAGUUAUAAGAAUCACAUAAUAUGGAUUAGUUUGUCAAAGAGUAUGUUGAAGAGAAAGAAAGUGAGGAAUAAUAGGAAGAGCAAAGCGAUCCUGCAAGAGCGCUUCCCUAAAUGCUUGAGAUUCUCAUCAGAGUAGUAUUGGUGAUCCCAUAUGCUGCAUUCUUAAAGGUCUUAGAGCCAUUAUUGAGAAAUCUAUACGAGAGUCACCUUGUUAAGGGUUAUAACUUUGUCACAGAGUAGUAUCCUAGGUCAACUAUAUUAUUUAGAUUAGUGUUUGGUUCAAUUUCAAGAGUCAAUUCCUGGUUAAUUAGCAGAAUAGAUAAAUGCUCACACAAAAAGGAAAAUGAUACUAAAUAGCAAGACACACAUUAUUAGUUAUCUGAUAAAGUGGGUGAUGAUAUCAAAAGACUCAAGGAUAUUGUGCAGGCUAUUGUUAUGGAAAAAAUAGAGAAAAAGAAAAGUGAUUGA